AAUAACACUUUAGGGAACCUGCUACAAGGGCAAAAGAAGUUUUAGUCAGCGAUAAACUGGUCUGACAGGUGUACGACUGCAAGUUAACGGCUAAAUAAUGGGCCACCCCUGCUUAUUCCUUCUAUUUUAUUUUUAAUACAUGCUUCACAACUCUUGCUGGUGAGAUGAGAGGUCUCUGGCGUCCACGGACUUUCGUCUGUUUGUAUUUUGUCAUUUCGACAGGAGGGAUACUGUGGCUGCUCGUGAAUUACGAUUCUUUCUGUUCUGAGUCGGCAAAACAUGCCAGUCAUAAACACCCCUACCUUAUGCGUGUCAUCAACGCAGACUACAAAACAAAACAGGCGGAACUUGUGAGGACGGAGAACACGUUGAAAGAGGAGAGGAAACUCCUGGAGAAUGUUAUUGUUCAUUUACGCCAACAGUACCCCCAAGCUGUAGGCAGUAUCGUGGACAGCUUAAACGUCCUGAAUGCGAGUCUGCCCACCAUCUAUGCAGUCACCCCGACCCACACCAGGCCGGUGCAGAAAGCGGAGUUGACCAGGAUCGCCCAGACGUUCCUCCACGUCCGGAAUUUCCACUGGAUUGUCGUGGAGGACUCCAACACCAAAACCAGCCUGGUCACGACCUUCUUGAGAAAGAGUGGCAUGAAAUACACCCAUUUGAAUUGCAGGACGCCAGAGCCCCACCGGUUAGGGGAGAAUGACCCCAACUGGUUGAAACCCAGGGGCGUGGAACAGAGGAACACUGCUAUUGAGUGGUUGUUGGAGAAGGUUGAUGUGGAUAAAAAUCCUGGAGUAGUUUACUUUGCUGAUGAUGAUAAUACCUAUAGUCUGCAAAUAUUUGAGGAGAUGAGAUACACUCAGAGAGUUUCAAUGUGGCCGGUCGGCCUGGUAGGAGGUCAGAUGUACGAGAGCCCUCGUGUGGACAGAAACGGCAAAGUCACCGGGUGGAACGUGGGCUGGCAGCCCCAAAGGCCCUUCCCGAUGGACAUGGCUGGCUUUGCUAUCAAUCUUCGCUUGCUAAAGGCAAAGCCUUUGGCUAGGUUUUCACCCAAAGCAAAGAGAGGCUACCUAGAGUCCUCCUUGUUAGUGAGCCUCGUCACAAUGGACGACUUGGAACCCAAAGCCAGCCUCUGCACAAGGAUUUAUGUCUGGCAUACAAGGACUGAGAAACCAAAGUUGAAGUAUGAUAUCAAGGAUAGUGAUGUGCAGAUGGAAGUAUGAAUCAACAACUCAGGAACUCAUUAAUGAGCAAGUGAUUUACAUGUAACAGCGUUGUCAUGGCGAUGAGGAAGAAGAAUUAGACACGAAAGUGAAAAGUACAUGUAUUUGUACUCCACCCUCUCCGUCUUUGAAAUUCUCAUUACAUUUAUCUUUUUCUCAACCAAAGCAAUUUAUUGUGUAUUGUACAGGGUAUCAAUUAAAGUAACAAAGGAUGACAGGAAUUAUUUGCGCAACAUAAAAAAUGUUAAUAGCAGUGAGGUAUCGGGGGUGGGGCAGGUAGAUCACUCCCUAGUUAUUUUGGAAAUUUUUUUAAGGAAUUGAAAGUGUCAGCAUUUUAGAAAUAGUACUACAUGUACAGCUUUUGGGGGGAAGUUUGAGGACUGUUUUGGAAAUUAAAAAUUUGUACAUUUGAUUUAGACAAAAAUUUCCACCACCCCCUCCCCCGACCCCCAACCAAAGACCUUGAUAAGUCAGUGGUCACCAGCCAAACUUUCAGGCGGCUUGUGUGCAGCUUUUCCCAGGCUCUGAACACACUUUACACCGUCUCUGCAAUUUUGGUCUCGCACGGGAAUUUUUUUUCUGGACUGCUUGUAUUGAUUUUAUGUAAACUGUAAAGAUUGGAAUCAUUCGUCAGUGGACUUUUUCAACAUCUCCUCACACUUGUGCCGCAGUGCUUCUACGUUACCAUUGUGGCAUUUGACAGGGCCUUGUCAAUGGUAGACUGUCUGAAACACUUGGCUGCUACCACAAAUAACACACAGCUGUAGGAAGUGGAUUCAGCAACUUCACUAGGCUCAUGAAUCAUUACUAACCAUUCCUAAGUUCAUAAUCAAGUACACUGUAAUCCCAAGUUCAGGCCCAUGAAAAACAAUGCAAACCUGGGUAGGUGCAAAGUUGCGUAGUCUCCAGAAAGUUUGAUAGUCAUCAACAGGCAAUGGGAUAUUGAAAAAAGUAUCAUUUUAUUGCUUUGGACGAAUACAGUGUUAUAUGAAGGGUAAAAUGGUACAAAAAGGUUGGACAUGUAAUUAUCUAAUAAGGGAAUUUUCGCAGCUCGUUGUGAUACUUGGAAAGAUGGGUGCCUGUUAGCUUUGGUACAUCACUAUUUAUUUUGACCCCACCAGUUAAAUUACAGUGCAUUUAGAUUGGUGCUUUUUGUGUUAUAAUUUAAAGAUAUUCCAUAUUUUCGAAGAAUUGCGAUACAUAUUGCAAUACAUCAGUGUUCAUUCUUUUUAGUACAUGUAUGCAGGGUUUUGAAUCUUGAUACUGAUAAUUUAAGAUAUUUCCUAUUGGUUUAGAGAUCAAAAUAAAGUACGUAACUGUAAUCAGAAUGUAAAAGCCAAAGCAUGUUGUAAAUGAGGGCAGCAACUCCUGUCCAUUAGCUGCCACAACCGUAAACUCUUGACAAGCAUGUGUAUAUUUGAAUUUUCAACAAGCAACUAUAAAAUGCUGGCAAAACACAAUCAAGAUGUACAUGUAUGUAAUACUACAUCCGGGUUUGCUCUUGGGAAAUUCCGAAGGGUCUGGCGGUUCUAUUAAAGAACAUACCGAUGAAUUUAAUAUUAAUUUUAUAAUAUUUUUAAUAUGAAAUAAUAAGCAACAGCAAAGCUGCCAACGUCAAGAAUAAUUUCUUGUGGCUUGGAACCAAGUGAGCAUAGGGUUGUGUAGAAGAGAUUCUUAUAUUGUCAUAUAUAUGAUUAACUAUUAUAAAUUGGUAAAUGUACUGCUUUUAUGGAAACUUUGAAAAAAAAAUUAAAACAAA